GUCAUGGCUCGUACUAAGCAAACCGCUCGAAAAUCUACUGGAGGAAAAGCUCCUCGAAAGCAGCUCGCUACUAAAGCAGCUCGGAAAAGCGCUCCCGCCACCGGCGGCGUGAAGAAGCCUCACCGCUACCGGCCUGGCACUGUGGCUCUGCGAGAGAUUCGCCGAUAUCAGAAGUCCACCGAGCUCCUUGUUCGGAAGCUUCCCUUCCAGCGUCUGGUCCGUGAAAUCGCACAAGACUUUAAGACAGAUCUUCGCUUCCAGAGCUCGGCGGUGAUGGCCUUGCAGGAAGCGAGUGAAGCCUAUCUCGUGGGACUGUUUGAGGACACUAAUCUGUGCGCCAUCCACGCCAAGAGAGUCACCAUCAUGCCCAAGGACAUCCAGCUGGCUCGCCGCAUCCGCGGGGAGAGGGCUUCCUUGUUUGUCAUGGCUCGUACUAAACAAACAGCUCGUAAAUCCACCGGUGGUAAAGCGCCCCGAAAGCAGCUGGCUACCAAGGCUGCCCGUAAGAGCGCUCCAGCUACCGGUGGCGUAAAGAAGCCUCACCGAUACAGGCCCGGAACCGUGGCUCUGAGAGAGAUCCGGCGCUACCAGAAGUCCACGGAGCUGCUGAUCCGCAAACUGCCCUUCCAGCGGCUGGUCCGAGAGAUCGCGCAGGACUUCAAGACCGACCUGCGAUUCCAGAGCUCGGCUGUGAUGGCCUUGCAGGAAGCUAGUGAAUCCUACCUUGUAGGACUGUUUGAGGACACAAAUCUGUGCGCCAUCCACGCUAAGCGUGUGACCAUCAUGCCCAAAGACAUCCAGCUGGCUCGCCGCAUCCGCGGAGAGAGGGCUUAAAUUCUCGGCACCCUUUAAAAUGCCGUACCCAAAG